AGCAACAAAGACAUGAGAGAAUACGAUGUCAGAGUGGAUACAGAGAGACAACUGAAAGGUCAGGAGACAGUUCGGGACAUGUACUCAUCCUAAAAGUCCGGAAUGGGGUGUUCACUAUCUAUUAAAACUGACAAAUGUCCUUCACCUUUUGACCCUGAUGUCUAUUUGAUUCGUCAACCAGCGCCACCCGUUGAGACAAAAGUACCUCUGGAAAUUAGAAACAAGAUUUCCAGCACCAAAAACCCCUGCAUCAAACGAUCUCCUCAGCGGAAGUGGAUUAGGAGUGUGUCUGUAAUGGACACAAGAUGUUCCCUUACAACACGUGACAAAUACCAGAUUAUCAAGUCAUGGAAGGCCAUUGCGAGAGAUCUGCACGCUACAGGAAUCACUAUGUUUCUUCGGUUCUAUAAAAGCAGAGGACAUUCCUUAAUGUUUGAAGAGAAUGUUGACUUAAGAAAAUUCUUCAAGUUUGGAGACUACAAAGAAUCUUCAGACCUUCUACAGAACAAGAUCUUCCUUAACCACGUGACUUUAGUGAUGCACACAUUUGAUGAAGCCAUCUGUUCUAUGGGUGAUACCGAUUACGUCAUGGAGAUGUUACGAGGGAUAGGGAAGUCCCACAGGCGCCUCCCUGAGUUUAAUUUUAUGAUCUUCAGCAGAAUAGAGGAACCAUUUUUAAUCGCUGUAAAGGAAACACUAGGAGACAGAUAUUCAGUAAAUAUGGACAAUAUUUAUCGCAAAACAGUGAAGUUCAUUAUUCGCGAGCUCUCACAGGGAUUCAACGACACGCCAAAAGCUAUGGAAUAACGCCUUAACCAUUGUUGUGCAAUACAGACAGUGCCAUCUUUCUAUUUCUAGUCUUAAUUUUGUAAGAUUUGAUUUCUCAUAUAAACUAGUGUAUGAGGAAAGGGGUCUUAUGAAAUAAACACAAAUCUAUAUUGAUACUGAGAGAGAAUAUUCUGCAGAAUGAAAUGACAAUCAAACAGUUGAACAUAUCUUAUUUCCGUCUUUGAAAUAAUGAAGUUUGAAAGAGAUGACAAACAUGAAUGUAGGGUCGGAAAUGAGGGUCGGAUUGAUUACAAACGCGUUGUCAUUGGAGGGAAAUUGAAUUCAUUUUCAAUGUAAAGCAUGUGAAUGUAAUUCUUACAAUAAAUUCCAUCUCGAUA